AUGCCGGGCAAUAUGAGCAAAAUGGAGGAAUCCAAGAGUAGCAAGAAUUCAUCACUAGCUCUCAUAUUCAGAUAUGCGGAUUGGAAAGAUGUAUUGCUAAUGUUUUUGGGAACUUUGGGAUCCAUUGGAGAUGGCUUAUCAACCAACUGUUUGUUGGUUUAUGUUAGCCAUCUUUUUAAUAGCUUGGGUUAUGGUAAUACUCACCAGAACCAUUAUAAUUUCAUGGCUGAAGUUGAAAAGUGCAGCUUAUACUUUGUCUACUUGGGAUUAGCAGUCAUGGUUGUGGCAUUCAUGGAAGGUUAUUGUUGGAGUAAAACAAGCGAGCGGCAGGUCUUGCGAAUUCGUUACAUGUAUUUGGAAGCUGUUUUGAGACAAGAAGUUGGUUUCUUUGACUCACAAGAAGCAACUACUUCUGAAAUUAUUGAUAGCAUUUCCAAAGACACUUCUCUCCUUCAAGAAGUUCUUAGUGAAAAGGUGCCCCUUUUUCUGAUGCAUACUACAGUUUUUGUUUCUGGAAUUUGUUUUACUUCAUACUUUUCAUGGAGGCUGGCUUUGGUGGCAUUUCCAACAAUGCUGCUCUUAAUAAUUCCUGGGUUACUCUACAAGAAAUACCUCCUGAUUUUAUCCAAGAAGUCCUCCAAGGAAUACAGCAAGGCAAAUGGUAUUGUGGGACAGGCUCUAAGUUCCAUCAAAACAGUGUAUGCAUUCACAGCUGAAAAAGGGAUUGUUGAGAAGUACUCAUCAAUAUUGGAUCAUACCACAGAGCUUGGGAUCAAGCAAGGGAUUGCUAAAGGUCUUGCUAUUGGAAGCACAGGACUUUCAUUUGCAAUAUGGGCUUUGCUUGCUUGGUAUGGCAGUCGUCUUGUAAUGUACAAAGGUGAAAGUGGAGGAAGAAUUUACGCUGCCGGAAUUUCUUUCGUAUUGGGUGGACUAUCCCUGGGGAUGGCCUUACCAGAGGUGAAGCACUUUACAGAAGCUUCUGUUGCGAUCUCGAGAAUUCUUCACAGGAUUGAUAGGAUCCCAGAAAUCGAUGGUGAUGACACAAAAGGAAUUCAGCUGGAUAAGAUCAGAGGUGAACUCGAAUUCCAGCAUGUUCAUUUCACUUACCCUUCUCGCCCGGACUCAAUUGUGCUUAAGGACUUCAAUCUGAAGAUUGAAGCCGGAAAGACUGUAGCUCUUGUUGGUGCCAGUGGAAGUGGCAAAUCCACUGCCAUUGCAUUGGUUCAAAGAUUCUAUGAUCCUUGUGGCGGAACUGUAUGCAUUGAUGGCGUCGACAUAAGAACUUUACAGCUGAAAUGGUUAAGAUCACAGAUGGGAUUAGUGAGUCAAGAACAUGCACUUUUUGGAACAACAAUAAAGGAAAACAUCAUGUUUGCGAAACAUGAUGCAACAAUGGAAGAAGUAAUAGCAGCAGCAAUGGCUGCAAAUGCUCAUGAUUUCAUCAGACAACUUCCUGAUGGAUAUGAGGCUAGGGUUGGUGAAAGAGGAGCACUUCUCUCAGGUGGACAGAAGCAGCGGAUUGCCAUAGCCAGAGCUAUAAUCCGAAAUCCAGUCAUUCUCUUACUUGAUGAAGCCACAAGUGCACUUGAUUCGGAGUCGGAAAAACUUGUGCAGAAUGCCUUAGAUCAAGCCUGUAUGGGAAGAACAACUCUGGUAGUUGCACACAAGCUUUCCACUGUAAGAAAUGCAGACAUGAUCGCAGUAAUGAGUGGUGGUACUGUGGUUGAACUGGGAUCACACAAUGAGCUGGUUGAAAAGAAUGGACAAUAUGCGAAAAUGGCGAAAUUCCAUCGGCAACUUAGCGCUCUUGAUCAAGAGCAUAACUCAGAAGUAACCUUCUCAUCAGUUGCAAGAAGCAGUGGUGGCAAGAGAAGUGCAGCAAGAAGUCCAGCCUUUUUUAACUCACCUUUGCCAUUGGAUAAUGCCCCUAAACCUGCACCUCUUCCUUCCCCGUCCUUUAAGCGCUUACUUGCAUUGAACUCGCCUGAAUGGAAGCAAGGUCUGAUGGGAAGUUUCUCAGCAGUGAUCUUUGGGGCAGUUCAACCUGUCUAUGCACUAACUAUCGGUGGCAUGAUCGCAGCUUUCUUCUCACCGAGUCAUGAGGAAAUGCGUGCCCGUAUACAGAUCUACACCAUGAUUUUUAGUGUACUUUGCUUCGUCUCCAUUGUUGUGAACCUCUGCCAGCAUUACAAUUUUGCUUACAUGGGAGAACACCUGACGAAAAGAAUCAGAUUGAGAAUGCUUGAAAAGAUUAUGACCUUUGAGCCUGCUUGGUUUGAUGAAGAAGAGAAUUCAAGUGGAGUCUUGUGUUCAAGAUUGAGUAAUGAAGCAUCCCUCGUUAAAUCCCUUGUUGCUGAUAGACUUUCUCUCUUGCUCCAAACAACUUCAGCUGUGACUAUAGCGAUGGUAAUGGGGCUCAUUAUCGCCUGGAAACUCGCGCUUGUGAUGAUCGCUGUCCAGCCACUCACAAUCCUAUGCUUUUACACAAGGAAGGUGUUACUCUCCACCAUUACAGCCAAAUUUGUAAAAGCUCAACACGAAAGUACUCAAAUCGCUAUGGAGGCCGUAUAUAAUCACAGGAUAGUGACUUCAUACGGAUGCAUCAGGAAAGUUCUUCGGAUUUUUGAUGAGGCUCAGGACGCGGCAAGGAAAGAGGCUAGAAAGAAAUCCUUGCUCGCAGGAGUAGGCAUAGGUUCAGCUCAAGGCCUGACUUUUAUGAGUUGGGCGCUUGACUUUUGGUAUGGUGGAAAACUAGUUAGUGCUGGUAACAUUUCUUCCGGAGAUGUGUUCAAAACAUUCUUCAUAUUGGUCAGUACCGGCAAAGUUAUAGCUGAAGCCGGAAGCAUGACAUCUGAUCUAGCCAAGGGAUCAGCAGCCAUUGCAUCCAUCUUUUCCAUACUCGACCGCAAAUCUCUAAUUCAAGGAACUUCUAAGGCCACUGAAGAAGAUGUUGGAACCAAGAUAAACAAAAUGACCGGACAUAUAGAGAUGAAAAAGGUGGAAUUUGCAUAUCCAGGGCGGCCUGAGAUCAGAGUACUAAACGGGUUCUCCUUGGAAGUGAAAUCAGGAACGAGCAUUGGGCUCGUUGGAAAAAGUGGAUGUGGGAAGUCCACAGUGAUUGCUUUGUUGGAACGGUUUUAUGAUGUGACUCGAGGCUGUGUCAAGGUGGAUCAGGUAGAUAUAAGGCUACUUGAUAUUGAGUGGUACAGGAAGCAAAUCGCCCUCGUAAACCAAGAGCCGGUUAUAUAUUCGGGCAGCAUUCGUGACAACAUUGUUUUUGGGAAGCCUGAUGCAUCGGAAAAUGAGGUUGUCGACGCUGCUAGAGCUGCCAAUGCUCAUGAAUUUAUCUCAUCAUUGAAGAACGGGUACGAUACAGAAUGUGGGGAGCGAGGCGUGCAAUUAUCAGGCGGGCAGAAACAAAGAAUCGCGAUUGCUAGGGCGAUAAUUCGCAAUCCAACCCUACUAUUGCUAGACGAGGCGACAAGCGCGCUGGACGUGCAAUCGGAGCAAGUUGUGCAAGAAGCGUUGGAUCGGAUAAUGGUAGGAAGGACAACCAUUGUAGUCGCUCACAGGCUCAACACAAUCAAGAACUUAGACUCGGUCGCGAUGGUUUCGGAUGGGAAGGUGAUUGAGCAUGGAACCUAUGGUCAGCUCAAAAACAAGCGCGGCGCCUUUUCCAACCUCCUUAAUCCUCAGAAAUUGUAG